AAAUACGACUAAUAGUGAUUGUGAGUCAAUGAAGUCACUGACUUCUUGCGUGUGUCGUAGAGAACGUGACUCGUCUAUCAACUUGUUGAAAUGCUCACCACACGAACAUUUGGGGCAUUACUCUUUAUUUCUUGUGUUCAGUCUGGGGCUAUCGAUCAACACAAUAUUGAAACAAUAUCAACAAACUGCCCAGAAGGACACGUGCAAAUUAAUGGACAAUGUAGUGAUAUAAGCCAGUAUUAUGAUUUAUCAAAGUAUACCGUCACUAUUUCACCUGAUCUGCUUCAAGAGAAUAUAAAGAAAAUCGACGAAGAUCCUAAAAAUGUAAUUACCGUUCCGUGUCAAAAUAAUGACUAUAAAAGUGUUUCCUCCAAUCUAUCAUACAAAGAUAAAGAGGACAAUAAGAACACUCCCAAGAACAUAGUUACUGUUCCACCGAAUUGUCCGCCGGGUCAAGAACUUGUAAACGGAGAGUGUCGUGAAAUAUGGAAAGAUCACGAUGCGAAAAAUGUAAUUACAGUACCACCAAACUGUCCGCCAGGCCAGGAAUAUAUAAAUGGAGAGUGUCGAGAAAUAUGGAAAAAGGACGAUGACCCUAAAAAUGUAAUUACAGUGCCACCUAGUUGUCCCCCAGGCUAUGAAUAUAUAAAUGGUCAGUGUCGUGAAAUAUGGAAAAAUGAAGCUGCUCCGAUGAAUAUGAUAACUGUACCACCUAGUUGUCCGCCGGGCCAGGAAUAUAUAAAUGGACAGUGUCGUGAGAUAUGGAAAAAGGAGACUGAUUCCAAAAAUAUGAUAACUGUACCACCCAGUUGUCCGCCGGGCUAUGAAUAUAUAAACGGACAGUGUCGUGAAAUAUGGAAAAAUGGAGUUCAUCCGAUGAAUAUGAUAACUGUACCACCUAGUUGUCCGCCGGGCUAUGAAUAUAUAAACGGACAGUGUCGUGAAAUAUGGAAAAAUGGAGUUCAUCCGAUGAAUAUGAUAACUGUACCACCUAGUUGUCCGCCGGGCUAUGAAUAUAUAAACGGACAGUGUCGUGAAAUAUGGAAAAAUGGAGUUCAUCCGAUGAAUAUGAUAACUGUACCACCUAGUUGUCCGCCGGGCUAUGAAUAUAUAAACGGACAGUGUCGUGAAAUAUGGAAAAAUGGAGUUCAUCCGAUGAAUAUGAUAACUGUACCACCUAGUUGUCCGCCGGGCUAUGAAUAUAUAAACGGACAGUGUCGUGAAAUAUGGAAAAAUGGAGUUCAUCCGAUGAAUAUGAUAACUGUACCACCUAGUUGUCCGCCGGGCUAUGAAUAUAUAAACGGACAGUGUCGUGAAAUAUGGAAAAAUGGAGUUCAUCCGAUGAAUAUGAUAACUGUACCACCAAGUUGUCCGCCGGGCAAUGAAUAUAUAAACGGACAGUGUCGUGAAAUAUGGAAAAAUGGAGUUCAUCCGAUGAAUAUGAUAACUGUACCACCUAGUUGCCCGCCGGGUUAUGAAUAUAUAAAUGGUCAGUGUCGUGAAAUAUGGAAAAAUGAAGCUGAUCCGAUGAAUAUGAUAACCGUACCACCCAGUUGUCCGCCGAGCUAUGAAUAUAUAAAUGGUCAGUGUCGUGAAAUAUGGAAAAAUAAAGCUAACCCCAUGAAAAUCAUAACUGUACCACCUAGUUGUCCGCCGAGUUAUCAAUAUAUAAAUGGACAGUGUCGUGAAAUAUGGAAAAAUGAAGCUGAUCCUAUGAAUAUGAUAACUGUACCACCUAGUUGUCCGCCGGGCUAUGAAUAUAUAAACGGACAGUGCCGUGAAAUAUGGAAUAAUGAUAAUGAUCCCAAAAAUGGAUUUACGAUACCACCAUCAAAUUGUUCGCCGGAACUUGUAUCUAUAAAUGGACCGUGCGAAGAUAAUGUUAUUACUGUUUCACCAAAUCGCCCUCCUGGUCAAGAAAAUCCCGAUGUGAUUACGAUAUCACCUACUUGUUUAGCGGGCCAGGAAUAUGUAAACGGACAAUGUCGAGAUGUGUGCAAUGGUAAUGAAGUUUAUAAAAGUAUUACUGCCAAUAGUUUAUGUGCUUUAUGGAAAAAUUUAAAUAUACUGAAAAAUAUGAUUACCCUAUCGAGACCGGUUUGUAUGAAUGCCCAAUGCAGUGAUUCCAGGAAUGGUGUAAUGAAUCCUGAUAAUGUGAUUGCCCGUACUACAAACUGUUUAUUAGAACAAAUUCUUGUGAAUGAACAAUGCCGUGAUAUUCAGUUGUGGAUGCUAUUCAAACUUCAAUUUGGUGUGAAGACCUAUGAAACAGAUAUUCAGAACACACAUACACAAAAAUGUAGACCCAAUCAGCAGUGGUGGAAUGGUUUAUGCUUCGAUAUGUACCAAAAUGAAGACAAAAGUCCUGCUGGCUAUAACAUUCAAACUAUGUGUUUGUUUGGUGAAGAAUACGUGAGAGGAGAAUGCCGUGAAAUAAACUCAUUGAGAAAUGAGCAACAUGUUCUGUGGUCAUCCAAACUAUGGACUUCAAUUGCAACUCAAUUUCAUUCCUUUUUCACACGAAAGAAAAGGCAAUCCGAAAGCGAUGAAGAACAUCCUGAAAUUGCCCAGUUUGAUUUAGAUAGAAAAGUUAUCCAUGUUCCCUACCAAUGUCCCAGUGGAUACAGGGCUGAUGUUCUCGGUUACUGUCGUCCAACGUUCCGUUAGUCGAAUUUUUUGUCUCUAAUUAGGUUACUUCCUUGCUCAAGCAAGAAUGCAAAUUUCAUAAGUAAAUAUUUGUUUAUUAACUAUUCAUUGUGCUCCAACGCCUUAUUGUUGCCUGUCAUAAUAUGUAUAGUAGUAUCAACUUUUACAUAAACAAUAUAAAAAUAAUAUACGUAUAUAAUUAGCUUAUUUUAUU